GUCUCAAAAAAACCUUUUAAGAGUCUCGUUGAAAGGGUUGAAAGUAAAUUAGGUAAUCAAUUUUUUUUUAUAAAAUAAUUUAAAUUAGCAGCCGAAAGCUCUAAAAAUAUUUACCUAAUAAAAAUCACAUUUGGCCAGGAUUUUUCAAUAUAGUGGACUAACGAACUAAAUAUCCCGUGACAAUUCGCGCAAAUUCCGCGGAGAAAUAAAUUCGAUUGUGGCGAUGGGUAGAUAAUUUUUUGUUGAGCGGAGUUUAGUAACGGUCCCCUUCGAAUAUUCAAACAGUUGUUUCUCGUUAACGAGGGCGCAUAAAAUCAGCUCAUUUGAUCUCAAAAUUUCCUUGAAUAUUUUGCUCCUGCAGCAAUAAAAUCUCUUCUCUUCUAUCCACUGUGCUAGGUUACUUUAGGAAAUAGUGGUGGUUUGUGAAUUUAGGCUACAAAUUCCAGUGAAAAUUGCAUAAAAGUAUUUUUGAGGUUAGGUGUUGGGUGCUUGUGCCAAGGAAAAAGAGGCUUUUUUGGGGAAUUUAGAAGCUAAGAGUGUAGAGAAAAAUGCCUGAGAACGAUCGUAUUAGUGCCUUCAAGAAUAAUGCUAAGCAUGAGACAAUGCGAAUUCGGCGUCAGGAAGUAACGGUGGAGCUGCGGAAGAAUAAGAAGGAUGAUCAGCUCAUGAAACGCCGGAAUAUUGAACUCGAUGAAUCCCUGUCGCCACUCAAGGAGGCCGCUGUGCAGUCAGAGGUGACUCUCAGUCUGGAUGAAAUUGUUCCGGGACUCAUGAAUCCGGACAAGAGUAAGCGCUACGAAUGCGUUCAGGCAGCCCGAAAGAUGCUUUCAAGGGAACGAAAUCCCCCAAUUGACAUUAUGAUUGAUCAUGGGAUUGUACCCAUUUGUGUUCAGCUCCUGGGAGAUUUUGAUAAUCCGGAUAUUCAAUUUGAGGCCGCAUGGACACUCACGAAUAUCGCUUCGGGAUCCACAGAGCAGACAAAGGCAGUCAUUGAUGCGGAUUCUGUGCCACGCUUUGUCGCCCUGAUGGAUUCCCCGGCGGCCAAUGUGGCUGAACAAGCUGUUUGGGCAUUGGGGAACAUUGCCGGGGAUGGAGCAGUACCCCGAGACAAUGUUCUCAAGCAUCAGAUCAUUCCGGCACUUCUUCGUAUGCUGACAAAGGAGCUAACCCUGUCGUGCCUUCGCAAUGUGGUGUGGCUCAUUUCAAAUCUCUGCCGCAAUAAACCACCAGCUGUGGCUUUUGAUCAUGUCCGUACCCUUCUGCCCACCGUGGCGCGUCUUCUGCAGCACGAGGAUUGUCAAGUUCUGAGUGACACAUGCUGGGCACUCUCGUACAUAACUGACGACGAUAACAACAAGAUUCAGGCUGUUGUGGAUGCCGGGUGUGUUCCACGUCUCAGUGAGCUGCUGGAAUCCAAGGAACCAUCAAUCAUCACACCAGCACUCCGUUCUGUGGGGAACAUUGUCACCGGAACGGAUUUGCAGACAGACGCCGUCAUUUCCUCGGGUGCCAUUGAGCGUCUCGCCAAGUUGCUGCGCUACCCCAAGGCGAGCAUUGUCAAGGAAGCCGCCUGGACUGUGAGCAACAUCACAGCUGGGAAUCCACGGCAGAUUCAACACGUGAUCGAUGCAGGUAUCAUCGGGGUGAUGAUCGAUGUACUCGCCACGGGUGAUUUCAAGUCCCAGAAGGAAGCAGCAUGGGCCAUAACGAAUCUCACAACUGGUGCCACGCAUCAGCAGAUGAUCUACGUGAUGCGACACUUCAACUUCCUCAAGCCCUUCUGUGAUCUGCUUGAGUCCAAGGAUCCCCGUGUGGUCAAAGUCGUGCUGCAGGGCUUGGAGAAUCUCCUCGCUGUGGCGGAUAAACUCGAAGGGAUUGAAGUGAUGUGUCUCAAAAUUGAAGAGGUGGGCGGGCUCGAUAAGCUCGAAGUGCUGCAGAAUCAUGAAAAUGGCGAAAUCUACCAGAAGGCAUUCAAUCUUCUCGAUUUAUACUUUGGACCGUCCGAGGAGCAUCAGGCUUUGAAGCCAAAUGAACAAAAUGGAGCCCUUGAAUUUGAUGCCGGCACGUCCAAUGCUCCUACUGGAGGAUUCAAUUUCUAAUGAAAAAAAAACUGCCCAGGAGACAGCAGCAGCGCUAUUGAUCAUCAAAUUAUAUUAUGAUACACAUUUAUUAUUAUUAUUUUUUUUUGAAGGAGUUUAUCCAAUAUGAAAUCUUUUUCCCAGUUUACACUAAAAGUAAAAAAAAAACUCGAUUUUUGAUUGAAGUCUCUUCGUCUUGUGCUUACCGCGCGUUUAGCCCAUGAAAUUUAUGUUAUAAAACAAAGAAAUUUAUGUAGUUUGUAUAUGAAGAAUCUUUUCUUCCUCCAUUGAAAUAUAAAUGUAAUUUUUUUCCACAAUAAAUUCCACAUUCGCAAAGAAA